AUGUCUGUAACGAGUGCUAAAUUGUCUCAAUUCCCUCACCGAUUCCGAGACGCGACUUCGCCGCACUUGUGGACGCGCGAUUCUGCACUGGAAGCUGAAGGCCCAACCUCCAUGAUUUCAGAAAUUGACCAGCCACCAACACCACCACGCGCUCUUCUUCCACCUCACCACUCCUUUCCGUACCACCCCCAGAACCUUUACCACCGGCUUCGUCACCCUUGCGCUUCGGGCGCAGUCCCCAAAUUGUCCCAAGAUCCCUCCCUCGUCCAGCAACCAGCGGUCGACGUGUCGCUCCCCGAUCAACCGCCCUUUGACGACCUUUACGAGUACUACGACCCGGAACGAGAUCCCUUACCCCAACGCCAGCAACAAAUAACCACUCCGGUCUCGCGAAGACGUCCUCAAUCCUCCCAAUCUAGCGGUGCUCGAUCUCUCCGGAGAACCCCAAGAUUACAGGAGCGGCGGGCGACAACACGGUCUCCUCUACGUGCGAGAAGGUCACAUCCUCUCUCUGCUACACCGCCAGUCCGCUUCGACGAGUCCGGUUCUACCACCCCUAGUCUUUUCCAGCGACUGCUCUCGGACGACACCUAUCGACCUCGCAGGCCACUUCACAUCUCUCGACAUACCCACGACGCCAUCCUCUUUGCCUUGGAAGCCAUCAGAAGAGGUGAUGGUGUUAAUGCGCAGCCACUAACUGCUGAUCCACUCGAAGAAGAGGCUCGAAUGUCAGAUUUGGUAAGGGGCACUGCGCCCGGUACCGUAGCUGCGUCGAGUCGUACUCAGAAUGGCGGAGGAACUCGUGCAACCGCCGCAGCUGGCACUGGCCCGACUCCCGCCGAACCUCCACGAUAUCGUACUCCUACAGAUGUCAUGCGAGACCGGCGGGCUCGGGAAGCUCGUAGAGCGGAAGAAGCUGCGGCCAGACUGCGUCAAGAGGAGGAAGCCAGGAGAUUACAGGAAGAACAAAUUGUUGGCGUUGGGGAGGAUACUGCACGAAGAACGGCCGCCAGACCCGGUGCUCCAGCCCCCCAAACUUACAAUAUAGGUGGACCAAUCUCUCAACCUGUCGGCUCGACGACGCGGCGGCAAGAGAGCAUACCACCCACCCAACCCAGUUCCUCGAGAACGACCGGCCGGGCUCCUGAGCCUGCUGGAAGAGAUUCUAGGAUGUCGGCAGCCACUCAGCGAAAUCGGACAGAAGCCUACGAGCAACUUAGCAUUCCUGCAGCAGCGAAACCGGCGGAACAGGGGCAGCGACCUAUUCAACAACCGCAACCACAAGCCCGAGCUCAGGCUGUCCCCCCAUUUGGCACCCAAUCCGCUCAACAGCCUCCUCAGACUUCAGGCGCAGCAGGCCGAAGUCGCUUUCCCAACGCAUUUGAACGCUGGGAAGAUCUUUCUGCACGUUGGGAGGGUAUCGUAUCAUCUUUUAUCCAUCGCAUGGAGAACAAUGCCGAUGAAUUAGCUGGGAAGCCCCUUGAUCGGCAAAUGGCUCGACAGAUCGAUGACCUGUCUCGGGCAGGUGCAAACCUGUUUCAUGCGGUGGUCGAACUGCAGCGUCUUCGGGCAUCGUCCGAACGGAAGUUCCAGCGCUGGUUCUUCGAAACUCGGCAUGAGCAGGAACAGUCUCAAGAAAGACAGGCAGAACUUGAGCGUCAACUGCGCGCCGAGAAGGAAGCUCGGACGCUCAGUUCCACUUCCAUAGAACAGGUACGUGCAGAGAAGACGAGAGCAGAGGAGCUGGUGAAAGAGAUGCGCCGCGAAUUGCAAAUCAGCAAGGAAGAAGCUCGCCGUGCCUGGGAAGAAUUGGGCCGAAGGGAACAGGAAGAACGCGAGAGAACCAUUGCUUUGCGCAGCGGAGAGCCCACACUUAUUGGCGGCGUCCAAGUCGUGCCGAUGCAGGGUCUGCCGAGCCGGCAGGUGAGCACAGCUCAGCGACCACAAACUAGAGAUGGGCCGACAGCUGGUGCAGGGCCGACCAUGAUGUCUGGACAGCAGCAACAACAACGACCUUCUUCCCGUCAAACGACAACGACAUCUCUCGAUUCACCUGGCGAAGAAAGCCGACAGUUCACAUAUCGCCCCGACACGGGGGGCUCCUCAGCCACGACAGACCCAUUUACAGAAUCAUCUCGCCAGCGCGAACAGCAAGCCCAACUGCGCCGUGAGCCAGAUACGCAAUUCUAUACUACCCCUCCGCGCCCUACACAACCUGCAACUAGUGGUGCUGCAAUUGCCGCUGCUCGAGCUGCGGCGACCGGAGGACAGUCGCCUGCCCGGACGCCUGGUGAAUCGCGGUACUAUCAGACUGCCACCAGCGAUGCCCAAAUGUCCGGUGCUUUGCCUACACCAGUUCGCCAGGGUACUGGAGGGACAGAACAGUCGUACAUCCCAUCCAACACGUCACUGGCACCAUCCGAGGAAGAAUACCAUAUCAAUCCCGAUGGCAGUUACACGCGAGACUCGCAGGGCCGCCGCAUCCCUUAUCGCCAACCGAUAGGCCCAGGGUCAUCCCGGUUGGCUGGGGAGAUUAGCGAUGACGAAGGUGAAAUACCCGGAGAAAUAUCUGAGGAUGAUGAUGAUGACCAUGCCGCCGACGCCGAACGUGAGAGGAUGUACGGUGCACAGUAUCGACAACUUCCAUCAUCCCAACAGCCACCCACCACAUCCACAGGAAUCCCUCGUACCACGACCGGGGCCCUCCCACCUAUCCCUCAAGGUCGAACAAUAGACCCUACAUCGUCAGGCUAUGACGGCCAAGUGUACGAACCAGGUGUUCCACCUGCUGUAACUCAAGCCAUGACGGCCUGGGAAAGCUUGCAAACCCGCCCUCAUCAUCAUCCGACCAGGCUGAGCGAUAUUAUUGAAGAGCAGACUGCGAGGACGAGUCCCAGCCGAACGAGCUAUGUUAGUGGCUCAGGUAUUUUGCCUGGCGAACAGGGAACUGGGACUGGGACUGGGACUGGGAAUGGUGGAAAUUCUUCCACCCGGCGGUGA